AAGCGGAAAAGAUGGCAGUGACAUUGAUUUUGGCGUUGCUGGUCGUAGUAUUCGUCUGGUGGAGCGCAAGCAAAAAGCCUCCCAACUAUCCGCCAGGCCCGCGCAGAUGGCCAAUCUUAGGCAAUAUUUUGUCUAUGAGGGGCCGCCCCUUGUACCUGAUCGCCCGCGACCUGAAAGAGCGUUACGGCAAUGUGGUCGGCCUCUACGUUGGCUCACAACCUUUAGUCAUCAUCUCGGGUUACGCGGCGGUGAAGGAAGCUUCGUCGCGGGAGGACCUCAGCGGAAGACCUGCUUCCGAACUGUCUUUGGAAAUUGGAAAUGGACUCAUUAGAGGACUGAUUUUCUCCCAGGGUGAGUUAUGGAGGGAGCAGAGACGGUUCACCCUUCGCCAACUGCGCGAUCUCGGCUUCGGCAAGCGUUCGAUGGAAGGUCUAAUUCACGAGGAGGUCAACUCUUUGAUUUUGGAGGUCGGGCGGAUGGCCGGCGCGGAUUGGAGCCAGUCUGUGGAGCUAAACAAAGUUCUCGGAACCUCGGGCAUCAAUGUUCUCUGGCACGUGAUGGCGGGGCGGCGCUACGCUCACGGCGACCCCAAGUUGAAGGAGUUGACCGGCAUGAUCAAAGAGCUGCUCACCAUCACCGACGCCUCCGGCGGCAUUGCAAAUAAUUUCCCAAUGCUGACGCGUUACGCGCCGUUUUUGACCGAGAAAAGCAAGAUUCUGGCCGUCAGGAAGAAACUUAUCAGCUUUCUAGCAGAGGAUAUCAACAACCACAAAGCCACGUUGGAUUCGGACAAUCCCAGGGACUUCAUCGAUAUCUACCUGAUUGAAAUGGAGAACAACAAAAUAAAGGGAAAAGACACGACUUUCACCGAGAGGUGUUUGACGGAGGUGUGCCGCGACCUUUUCAUGGCAGGCCUGGACACUACGUUCAACUCGAUCACCUUCGCCCUGGUUUACAUGGUCAGGUAUCCGCACGUUCAAAAGCGGGUCCAAAUGGAGCUCGACGAAGUCGUCGGCCAAGAACGGCUGCCCGGAUUAGAAGACAGGACGAGUUUGCCCUACACGGACGCCACGAUCAUGGAGGUCCUCAGGGUGAGCACGGUGGUGCCAAUGGCCGUGCCUCACGCUCCACUGUCAACGUGCAACACGGACGUUUCUUUCCAAGGGUACACAAUUCCAAAGAACGCGCGGAUUUUGAUGAAUCUGUCUGGCAUUCACAUGGAGCCAAAAAUUUGGUCCGACCCCGAAAACUUCAGACCCGAACGGUUUUUGAACGACGAGGGAAGACUCCUCAAGCAAGAGUCUCUGGUUCCCUUUGGCUUAGGAAAGCGGCAGUGUUUGGGAGAGUCCCUGGCGAGGAACAAUCUAUUUCUUUUCUUCACUGCCAUAAUGCAGCGAUUCACCCUGUCAGUGACCCCUGGAGAGGAGCCGCCGUCAGUUGAACCAGUCGGCGGGUUCACCCUCGCUCCCAAGGAAUCGCGGGCAACGAUAGCUCCUCGAUUUUAACUAGACUGAUUUUUACACGUGCAAAUAAAAGAAUCAAAAUUAUUUUACAAGCUCAAAAUCAAUCUGAGACAGUUUAUUUUGCCGAGAAAUGGCAGCGAAGAGGAUUUAGCACCACUUGUAAGAGGUCGAACUAUAUAUUAUAUAUACAACUAAGUUUGUGAAAUAACAAUUGAUGUAAAUUGA